AUGGAUAGAAAUAGAGAAAGAGAAAGAGACAGAGAUAGGGAUAUCAUAGAUAGAAAUAGUGAAAAAGACAGAGACAGAGAUAGAGAUAGAGACAGAGAUAGAUAUUUUGAAAAGGAUUUAAAAAGAGAUAGAUCUCCACCUAGAAAUUACAAUUCAAAUAACUACAAAUCAUUUAAACAAGAUAAACCAUAUGAUAGAUAUAGUGAUAGGGAUAAAGAUAAAGAUAGAUAUGCUAAUAGAUAUAAUGAAGACAGAAACUUUGAUAGAUAUAAUAAUAAUUUGAAAAAUAGAGAUGAUUUUCAUAAUAAAGAUUAUAAAUCUUAUGAAGUAUCUAGUGAUAGUAAAUCAUUUUCCAGAGAAUAUGAUAAAUUACCCAGAGAUACUAAUUUCAACAAUAAAGAAGAUAAUUACAACGAAAAAUCUAAACAUCUAUUACAAGAUAAAAACUAUAAAAAUCAAAAACCAAUCUCCAAUCAUACACUCGAUUUAAAAAGAGAUAGAAAUGGUUUAAAUAAUAAUAAUAAUAAUAAUAAUAAUAAUAAUAAUAAUAAUAAUAAUAAUAAUAAUAAUAAUAAUAAUAAUAAUAAUAAUAAUAAUAAUAAUAAUAAUAAUAAUAAUAAUUAUAAUAAUAAAAGUAAUUGUAAUGAUAAAUUUUCAUUUAAAGAACGAAUUUCAACUAGUGCCGAAUAUAGAAAAAAAGAUUCAUUUAAUAAUAAAAAAAGUUUUACUAAUGGAAAAUUUAACAAGUCUUCAAGGGAUGGUAAAAAUCGAUAUUCAAAUAGCUACCAAAACAAAGAUUCAAAUAAAUCAUUAAUUUGGAAACAUGAUAAAUUUGUACCUGAUGAAAAUAAUAAACCAUUAAGUAAAAAUAGUGGUAAUGAAGAAUACUUAAAUAAUAAAGAAACAUACAAUUGUAAAAUUAACGAUAAAAAUCAAAACAAAACUAAUUAUAAUAGUGAUAGUGAUAAUGAUAAUGCUGACCAUAGUUAUGAUCAUCAUGAUGAUGAAGGUGUCGAUGAUGAUUAUUAUAAUUGUAAAAGGAAAAGAUCAAAUUAUAAUGGGUUCAGUGGGAAUGAAUAUCAGAGAAAAAGUAUUAAUCAUGUAGAAGAAGAUGAAAUAGAAGAGGGUGAAAUAUAA